GCACAGCAGGUCUGCUAACAGGCUCCUCAGCAAAUAGAAUCCUACGCUACUACGGGCGGGGAGUGGAUUUCACCCUCCGCAUUAAAUAUGUACCCAACAUUAACUUUUCCUGUUCCAAAAGUUAUUUGCUGCUUUAGGCGACUUAUAGGAUUUUAGAUGAUUUCGUCAAAAACGGAAGGCAUUAUGGAAAGUUAACCAAUUCGUGUGGGACCUUGGAACUCCGAACGUCGAUAUGUCAAGCGAUAACCUUUCUCAGGUGUAUCCUGAUAACGGGACAAGUUACCAAUAUGACUGGAACCCGGAGCAAUGGCACGCCGAAAUCCGAAAGUACAUAUUUCCGGAUGUGUAUGAGUGGGUUUUUGUGGCCCUUUAUGUCGUCGUGUUCACCGUGGGACUUGGAGGGAACUUUAUUGUCUGUUAUGCCGUGUGGAAAAAUAAACACCUUCGGACGGUCACGAAUUACUUCCUUGUGAAUCUGGCGUGUGCUGAUUUUAUUGUGAUACUAAUAUGUCUACCAUUCACGCUCGUUCAGGAUAUAUCUCAGUCGUGGUUGUUUGGUCUCGUCAUGUGUAAACUCGUCAUCUACAUACAGCAAGUAUCCGUCCUGGUGUCCGUUCUCACUCUGACGGCGAUCUCAAUAGAGCGCUACAUGGCGAUCUGUCAUCCGUUGUCCUUCCGUGUAUCCAAGUACAAGACGAUCCUUGUGAUUGGGAUGGUGUGGCUCCUAUCCCUCCUGGUGGCCAUACCUGAUCUCGUCUUCCUUACAUUGUUACCGGAUAACCUAAUUCCGCCGGACAUCGGGAACAUUUGGCUCACAGCCUGCAUCCCCUCUGAUAUAGAAAAGGAGUUAGUGUAUCAGAUGUUCCUCACUGUAGCCUACUACAUUCUCCCUCUUUUUAUCAUGGGAUUCGCCUACACUCGGAUAGCCAUGUGCCUGUGGCAGAGUACACAGGCCGGACCAGCCACAAACAAUAUUGCGUCAGACAGUAACGCAGCCACAUUACGUAACAGAAAGAGGACAGCCAAAAUGCUCAUCCUGGUGGUGGUGUUGUUUUCUGUGUGUUACCUACCUGUUUACUUACUAAAUAUAUUUAGAUAUGCUCAGGUUAUGCAUAAAUUACCUGAAAUGACGACGUCCGUGUUGGCUCUCACGUCACGGUUCCUGUGUUAUUUCAACAGUGCCGUUAAUCCGGUGAUCUACAACUUUAUGAGUGAGAAAUUUAAAAAGGAGUUCCGUGUAGUGUGCUGGUGCUGUGUAAAGCUUAAUUAUACACGAACUCAGCGUGGGAUGAAUGCCAGUAGGACACAAAACCAUUCUUCCGAAGAUAACAAACAGGCUAGGAAAGUGCCCACAGUUAGACAGACACAACUGCUUGAAGAGAAGCACCACCCACUUCUAGAAUCUGACGUACAUCGUAACAAAAAAAGUAAUCUCUACAAAGAUGGCAGCCUGGACUUCUCUGAAUCGAGGACGGAAAUGACACGCCUAAAACCUUCCAAUCAUGGCUCACGAGUAUGUAAAGACACCUACUACAACGGAAGUCCUGCCCAUCACCCCACGUGAUCGUCACGUGGAUAUGUUGUUUCUUUUGACUCUGGAACUGUAGAGUUCAUCAGCACGGAUAUCUGGUUCGGUACGAUUUUGACAUGCUAAACAUAGCGAUGAAAUAUUCAAUGUAUUAGUUAAUAUAUACGAUGAACAUUCAUUUCUCCAUCCAUACCGGUCAAAGCAGAUAGUUACUUCCUUGUUGUAACGUUUCUAUAUUGUUUCGUGAUAUUCAACGUUUGUGAAAAUUAAACAUGAAAAAGAA